AUGGAUACAAAUGAGGAGAGAACUGAUGAAAUUGCAUUACCUAAAAUUUUCAUAGAGUCCAAUGCACCCAAUAAGGAUGAAUUGGAAGUGAAUUUGCAGAUGGUGGUUGAAAAACUUAAAUCCCAAAAAUCUACUCAACUCCCAACGAUUAAUCCGGAUGAGUUGAAAAAAGAUGGUAUCCAGAAGAGAAUAGACGAGAGUAACAAGGUUCUGGGAGAGCUGUUGAGAGAUGGAACGGAAUUGGUGACCAAUAUUCGAAUAGCCAAUGAUAAGAGGGAAAUUGAUCGACGUGCUGAUGAAGCUCAGCUUCGGGAAGAGCUUCUGGAGAAGCUGAAUGCCGAAUCCGAAGCUGCAGCUGAGAAAUUUCAGGACAUUUCUGUUAAAUGGUCAGAACUGGAAGCAGUAAAAGAUCCAUUUAAUAUGCACGAAGGAUUGCAGGAGCAAAAAGAACGAAUCCAGGAAUUGACACGUCAGAAGGAUGAUAUUAUUAAGGAAUGCUGGAAAGAGCUAACUAAGGCGGAUGAGAGAUACUACCAGGAUCAGGAGAAACAGGCAUCUGAUAUUGUGUGCCUCGUAGAGAGGGUGGAUCAUCAUAUUGAGGCAAUGAAGUCUGCCUACAGGAAGCACUUGGACCUACUGCAACAGACAAUUGACAAUGAGAGAGGACGCAUCAAAGGGGAGAUUAAUAAAAAAUGGGAAGAUCUGUACAGCGAGCGCAAGGAGAAGGAAAAAAAGAAACUCCUGGAUGCAAAAGAGAAGUCUGAUUUUUUUGAAGCGGAAAUUGAGAGAAUCACUGUGCAACAUGAAGAGCUCACACGGGCCACCAAAAUCAAUCUGGAGCACGACAAUGAGGCACUUCAGCUGGAACUUCAGAAAGUCAAGGCAAAUAUCUUGCUGAAUUCCGAGAAGCUGGAUUAUAACUUUGAAGUACUGAAGAGACGAGAGGAGGAAAAUGUGAUUAUACGGUGUCAGCAGAAAAAGCGCCUGAUGAGAAUGAGUGAGGCAAUUGUAUCGCUCAAGAAGAAGAUCCGGGACACCACUGCCCAAAGCGAUGCUGAAUGUGGGAAGCUCCAGAGUGAGAUCUCGAAGCUGCAGACACAAGUUCGAGAUAUUGAAGCAUCAGCAGCGAUGUUUGCAGACACCAGUGAUACCAAAUACCGUGGCAUAUGGGAAAUGAAUUAUUCUGAGGCUGUUAAGUUACUCAAUCAAAUCCUGGCCAUAGAUGAGCAGCUGCAUAUCCAUCAGUUGGGUACUGAGGCAUCCAGCAGCAGCUUCGAAUUGAGCACUCUCGAGGAUUUGCCAUCUUUUCGAUUGGCCUGUGAGACAAUUGAGCAGGAAAAGAGAAAUUUGACCAAUUAUUCUUGCCAGAAAUCUUCACAAUCAACAUCAAAAACUCCUGAUUCACCAAUUCUGAGGGAGAUUUUUGAGAAGAUUGCCAAUCAGAGUGGCUUCUUGAUUGAGAAGAAGCUUGAGGAGCUCAUUGAACCACUAGAGGAGAGUGAUGAGAAACUCCUUGUGAAAGUGGAUAAUAUUUUUACAGCUCUGGGUAUUAAAAAUGUCGAAGAUUUAGCUGAGAUUAAUCAAUAUUUCUUGCAACAUGCUUUUUGUCUGCACUGCUCUGAGAAUCAUGCUGAAAUUUCUGCUGAAGAUCGAGAAUGUAGCAGUCCAUCAUCUCAUGAAUUUGUUCUGGAGGUACCGGAUGUCCUGACGAUCCUCAGGGAAUUUAUGGAGGAACACAAGAGUGAGAAUUUGGUCGAGGAUGACUCGGAAAAUACUCCCAAGAUGCGUUUGACUCUGUCUCGUUUGUUGGAUGCUGGAGAAGUGCGAGAUUUCUGGCAGCAAUUUCGUCGGGUUUUCCCGGAGGAGAAGGAGCGCCUGUGGCAGGGAUUGGAGUAUGGACUUACUGAGUAUCUAAAGGUGCUGAAGGAGCGGGAAAAAUUGGAUGGGGAUUGCUCUCAAUUGAGGCGGCAAAAUGAGGAGCUUCGCCAUCUUCUGCACAAAUACGUUGAAGAUUGCGAAAAUUCAAAUGGAUAAUUCUCCUAAGGGA